CGGGAGGGCGUGGCCUCAUAUGCUAAUUGCCCCAACCCCGUAUGUGUGUGUGCAUGCCGAAUAUAAAAGCAGCAGCAUCUCACACACACCCCAGAAAAGCUCACCGCAGUUCACGCACGGAUACGCACUUGGGACGCGCGGGAUGAGUGCGAUCUGACCGACACCGGCUUAUUACGACAGAGAAUCAGCAUCAUGACCAGGUCUGUGGAGCAGGCGUCAGUGGACUCAGAGGGGCAGCAGGAGCUUCACAGCCCCGCAGGGGAAGAGUCAGAGAUGGGAGGAGGAGGCGAGGAGGAGGAGGAUCACCUCCACCAUCUGGAGGAUGAAGAGGAGGAGGAGGAGGAGGAUGACGAAGAAGACGAGGACGAGGACGGCGAGAACAAACCCAAGAGGCGAGGGCCAAAGAAGAAGAAAAUGACGAAGGCUCGUAUACAGAGGUUUAAGGUCCGUCGAAUGAAAGCUAACGCCAGAGAGAGGAACCGUAUGCACGGGCUGAACGACGCUUUGGAGAGUCUGCGGAAAGUCGUCCCUUGUUACUCCAAAACCCAGAAACUGUCAAAGAUCGAGACGCUCCGCCUUGCAAAGAACUACAUCUGGGCCUUGAGUGAGAUCCUGCGCUCGGGCAAGGCACCCGACCUCAUGAGCUUCGUCCAGGCGCUCUGCAAAGGUCUGUCUCAGCCAACCACCAACCUGGUAGCAGGCUGCCUGCAGCUCAAUCCUCGGACUUUCCUGCCAGAGCAGACACCCGACCUGCCAGCUCACCUUCCCCCCACUGGCACCGUCACCUAUCCUGGACACUUCUCCUAUCAGAGUCCCGGGCUGACGGCUGGCCUACCCAGCCCGCCCUACGGCACCAUGGAGCCCUCCCACAUCUUCCAUCAGGUCAAAGGUCAGCCCUAUGGCCCGCUGGAGCCCUUCUUUGACGGCGUCCUGGUGUCGGACGGCCCAGCGUUCGACCCGCCCCUCAGCCCUCCACUGAGCAUCAACGGGAACUUCUCGUCCUUCAAGCAAGAGGCCGUCGCAGCUGCCGACUACGAUAAGAGUUUCUCCUUCAGUGUGCACUACGGGGGAGGAGGACCCGGGGGACAUGCUGCCAUCUAUGGCGGCGGAGGGUCCAACCCACGGUGCGGUGAGCUGCAGGUGGACGGGCUCAUGGGCUUUGAUGGACACUCGCAUCAUGAGCGGAUGAUGAAUGCCCAGCUGAACGCCAUUUUCCACGACUCCUGAGGACGUGGAGGAUGAAGGACUGAGAGGCUGAUGGAGACAGAGAGACGAACAGAGAGACUGUUGUAUGGAGAGAGAGAGACAGUUCUGUUUAUUUCUACGAUUUCAUAGCUGUCUUUCUUUCUGCCUUCUUUCUUUUGUUCUUUCUGUCUGUGUCAGUUUCUAUAACCCCUCCUUAGUAUGGUCAUAAAGACAGUGGUGUCGAUGAUGAUGUCACUUCGAUGAUGUAACCUUCUUUGUAGCGCUUCAUCCUGCAGGACAUGCUUUAUGAAUGUCUCGUUAUUAUCGAUAUUAUCACUUAAAAAUAAUCAAUAAGCAAUAAUCUGGAAGAAACUAUGCAAUUUUGUUAAAACCUGAGCUAUGCUCAGCUAAUAAUUCCAAAUGUUAAAAGAAUAAAGAUUUCUCUAUUUUUGGGUCAGUGUGUAAGGCAUUGUUGAGCCGGUGCUGGGCCGGCAUCGGGCCGAAGUGUUCAUGUUGUUCAUGUGGUUUUUACUUUCUGCUUUUUAUAAUGUUCCUGUAGCGUUCUGUUAACAUUUCAUGUGACCUUUGUUGAUAUUUUAUAAGAUAGAUGUUUAUAAAGGCCUUUCAUUAAAAGGAAUUCAAUGUGA